AUGGGUUGUGGAAAUUCAAGAAGAAUAUUCAGAAUCAAAAAUUGUCAAGACGAAGGGGAUACAUCAUUUCACGAUUUAAGAAUAAACAUUAGUCCUCCUCAGAUGGAGCAGUCUCCUGAGCUAUAUGGAGCUGAUCAAUAUGCAUACGAAGUUAAUGGAACGGCAUAUAAGAUAACUGUUGCAAUGAUCAAAACGCCUGAUGGAUCCCAGGUAAUAUGCUAG